GAAGUGGAAGGGGUUUUCCGUAGGUCCCAGCCGGAAACAGUUUUUCUUGCCGUGAAGAGGCUUGGCGGGAAGGUAUUAACUCAGACAUAAAGUUGUUUAAAACCUUUAAAGAUGUCUUCCACAUCGCAAAAGCAUCGGGAUUUUGUGGCUGAGCCAAUGGGAGAGAAGCCUGUUCACUGUGUUGCUGGUAUUGGGGAUGUACUAGGCCAGAGACUCACAGAUAAAGGCUUUGAUAAGUCAUAUGUUCUAUUAGGUCAGUUCCUCGUGCUGAAGAAGGAUGAAGAGCUUUUUAAGGAUUGUCAAAAACAUACAUGUGGAGCCAAUGCAAAGCAGGGACGGGAUUGCUCUGGUUGCCUUAAAGAAUGGUGCGAUGCCUUCCUGUAAACCUUUGUAUGCCUUGGUUCCCUCUCUAACCCAGCUACUGAAGUUUUCCAUUCAUUUACAUGUUGCCACCAAUCCUGAAAGCUCCAAAUAUGAGUGUUUUAUCUGGACAUUUUGACAAAUUCUAUUGGGACUUCCCAAUACAAUUCUGUUU